AUGCAGCUUUUAAGCUUGUUUAUUUUUGUCUUAAAAAUUUUCUCUCUCUCCCUUUUCCUCUUUCACUUUAUUUCCCCCUCGCUCUUUCUUCCUCUUCCUCUUUUUCUACCUCUCACUCUUUCUUUAUUUCCAUUCUCCCCUCUCUCUCUCUCUUCUUUCUCUCCAUUUCUCUCUUUUCUCUCUCUCACUCACUCUUUCCCUCUCUCGCGCGCUCUCUCUCUCUCUCUCUCUUUCUCAAUUUUUCUCCCUCUUUCCUUUUUUUCUCUCUCUCUCUCUCUUUUCUCUCUCUCCUCCUCUUUCCCUUCUCUAACUCCGCUGUCGGACAAAAAGACUAGAACGUUGAUCAAAAAGGAACUUAAAAAGAUAAAAAAUUCAUCUUGCGCAGCCGCAUUAGAAGUGGUCUUUAUUUCCCUUUCUCUAUUUUUCUCUCUUUCCCUCUCUUUGUACCCGUUUCUCUUUCCCUCUCUCCGUCUACCCGUCUCUCCCCAAAGUCUAUGUCCCUUUCUUUUCUUUUUCCCACCCUUUCUCUCUGCUCUUUCCUUACCCAGAAAGUUGGUCUAUUCAUUAUCUAUCUAUCUAUCUAUCUAUCUAUCUAUCUAUCUAUCUAUGUCCCAAUCUUUUAAUAUCUAUCUAUCUAUCUAUCUAUGUCCCAAUCUUUUAAUAUUUAUCUAUCUAUCUAUCUAUUCUUUUAAUAUCUCUAUCUAUCUAUCUAUCUAUCUAUGGCUCAAUCUUUUAAUAUCUAUCUAUCUAUCUAUCUAUCUAGGGCUCAAUCUUUUAAUAUCUAUCAAUCUCCACAUUUUUAUAACAGUCUGUAUUAAACUUUUAAUAUCUAUAUCUCAACCUUUUGAUAUCUAUCUAUUUAUCUAUCUAUCUAUGUCUCAAUAUUUUAAUAUCUAUCUAUCUAUCUAUCUAUCUAUCUAUCUAGGUCUCAAUCUUUUAAUAUAUAUCUAUCUAUCUAUCUAUCUAUCUAUCUAUCUAGGUCUCAAUUUUUUAAUAUCUAUCAAUCUCCACAUUUUUAUUACUGUCUGUAUUAAACCUUUAAUAUCUAUCUAUCUAUCUCGGUUCUUUCAUAUCUAUCUAUCUAUCUAUCUAUCUCAUUCUGUUCAUAUCUAUCUAUCUAUCUAUCUAUCUAUCUAUCUAUCUAUCUAA